AGUUUAGACUUCAGAUUUUGUCUCUUCUAAAAUUACAAAAUUAGUUCUUUAAUAAUUGUUCUUCCGCCAGAUCACGCAACACAAGUGGGCUUGGCCUUUUAUGCAGCCUGUGGAUGUAGAGGGCCUUGGUUUACAUGAUUAUUACGAGGUCAUUGACAAGCCCAUGGAUUUCUUUACCAUUAAGAAUCAAAUGGAGGCUAAAGAUGGUACGGGAUAUAAACAUGUUCGGGAAAUAUGUGUUGAUGUGAGGUUGGUUUUCAAGAAUGCUAUGAAAUAUAAUGACGAAAAAAGUGAUGUUCAUGUGAUGGCAAAAACUUUGUUGGCAAAGUUUGAGGAGAAAUGGUUGCAACUUCUGCCUAAAAUUACUGAAGAGGUAACUUAAUUCCAAUGAAUUGUUU